GGGGAUUGGUAAAUGAUUUGCUCAGGGAAGCUUCUGGAAGGGGUUGGUCCCGGGUUGUCUACGUAAGGUAUUAAAAACCCGGACACAAAAAACCCGGACACAUCGGACUCCCCUCGGCAGGAGCUGAACCUUCAGAGGGUUCAAGAGACCACCUGGGAGGAUGUGGCUGUACCUGGCCGCCCUGCUGGGGCUGUAUUUCCUGCGCCGAUGGUACCGGGAGCGGCAGCGUGUCGAGGGCCUCCUGGAUAAAUACGUCCUGAUCACUGGCUGCGACUCUGGCUUCGGGCACCUGCUGGCCCAGCAGCUGGACACUCGGGGCCUGCGGGUGCUGGCGGCUUGUCUCACCCAGCAGGGCGCAGAGCAGCUGAAGAAGGCGACAUCAGAGCGGCUGCAAACGGUGAUCCUGGACGUCACCCGCACCGACAGCGUCGCCGCGGCCACCGCCUGGGUGAAGGAACAAGUCGGGGACAAAGGGCUCUGGGGCCUGGUGAACAACGCUGGGAUUGCUAUCCCCGUGGCCCCCAAUGAGUGGCUGACCAAGGACGACUUCAUCAAGGUGCUGGAUGUGAACCUGAUCGGCCUGAUCGAGGUGACCCUCAGCGUCCUGCCCUUGGUGAAGCGAGCCAGGGGCCGGGUCGUCAACGUGGCCAGCAUAAUGGGCCGAUUGUCCUUCUUCGGAGGGGGCUACUGCCCUUCUAAAUACGGCGUGGAGGCGUUCUCCGACAGCCUCCGGUGUGAGAUGCUGCCUUUCGGGGUGAAGGUGUGUAUGAUCGAGCCGGGCUACUUCCGCACCGCAAUUACCAACCCUCAACUCAUUAUUGAGAACUUAACUCACCUCUGGGAGCGGCUCCCCGAGGAAACCAAAGCGAGUUACGGGGAGAGUUACUUAAAAAGCUUUAUUCGCGCCACCCACGACAUGCAGAAAUCCUGCAGCUCCGAUCUGUCCAUCGUCACCAGCUGCAUGGAGCACGCGCUGACGGCCCGCCACCCCCGCACCCGCUACUCUGCUGGCUGGGACGCCAAGCUGGUCUUCCUCCCGCUGAGUUAUCUGCCCACCUGGUUCGCUGACUUGGUGCUGAUGUGGUCCUACCCGGUCCCAGCCCAAAAAGUGUAGGAGGAAGACGCAGCGUGAGACUCUUGGCAGGGGGCAGUGACCAGAGGAGUGUCGCUGGUACAUGGGGUCCAAAUUCCGGGCGGGGGUGAGACCCCGUCCCGUGGCAGCCAGCUGAGACUAUGCAAAUCGGUUCUUAAUUACAAACGUUGAAUCAAA